GGGAAAAGAUCGCAGACGAAACACGAGAAACUCAGGCACCGGAAGAAGAUGGUGAUGAAGAAUCGAGCCGCAGAGGAGGAGGAGCCAGAAAAGAAGAUCCGCCUGGAGCUUAUGAAUCUCGAUAAGGAAAAGAUUUGGGGAGAAUUCGAAUCGGUGGAGAUGAAUCGAAUCCUGAGCGGCGAAACUAAACCCAAGAUCUUGAUAACUACUUGUCAGCCUGUGGUUGCUCGUGAGUUAAUUGCAGUGUUUCCGAAUUCAGAACACCUUGAUACUUCGACAAAGCCCGAUGUACACGAGAUGAUAGAGUUUGCAAAGGACAAGGGUUUUACGGCACUCAUUGUCACGGAUACAGGCCGUCAUGCAAAAUCUUGCAGACAAGCUGUAAUAUGUAUCAUGAGCUUGGUGAACGGGGCUGCUGCCUAUUUCGAAUUUAAAGAUUUCCUACCACGGAAUUUUGUGCCGUAUGUUGUUGAUCCCCCGUCGAGUUUGGAUCCCUUCAUUAAUACUACGGGCUUUACAUCUCCUUUGGAUGUUGGUACUGAGAGAUUGAUACGAUCUCUCUUCCCCCUGGUUCCUUCCCCUUCUGACCCCAUGGUUACUUCAACUAAUGAAAGGUGUACUGUGUCCUUCGUUAACUUUCCCAAAGAUGAUGCGAUACAUUUCAUAAAUAACAUUUUCUACUGCAGUAGAGGCACUGACGGGAAAUUAAGUUCUGUUCAUACCUCGCAGGAGUGUGGACCUCAGUUCUCACUCAAGUUACUUGCUCUGGAGAAGAUAACACCACGAGAUUGAAAUUAGUUUUAAGGUAAUCACCGCAAUUAUCAGUUUUGGUGUAUCUAUAUAUAUAUUGGAAAUAUACAAUGCAUAAACGACAUUGUUUUGAUUAGUUUUUACUUUUUAGAAAGAAGAAAACAAAAAUGAAACAAUAUUCUUUUGUUUGAAUUCAAAA